GUGAGAGCUCCACGGCGUCAGUGUCACUGAGCAGUUGGCAGCUGUCGGGCCACUGCAGCUCUGAAAGGUCGACAUGAAGCUGCUGGAUGAGCGGAUCUGGUCGCUGUUUAAGCGCAACUGGCAGCAUACUCUCACCUACUGGAGUGUGUUCUUUAGCUUCGGCCUGUGCAUCGCCUUCCUGGGACCCACCAUUCUGGACCUGAGGUGUCAGACUCAGUCCACCCUGCAGCAGAUCACCUGGGUCUUCUUUUCCCAGCAGUUCUUCCUGUUGGUAGGCAGCGGCCUGGGAGGGCUCUUCAAGAAAACACUCCUGUUUUCCCUGUCAGCCCUUUUCUCCUGCACAUUCAUCAUCUCGCUUGUGUUUUCCAUCAUACCGCUAUGUAACCAUGUGGUACUGCUGUCUGUUGCCAUGGCAAUUGCUGGCUUAGCCAUGGGGGUGAUUGACACCAUUGCCAACCUCCAGCUGGUGAAGCUGUACCAGAAGGAUUCCGCCACCUUCUUGCAGGCCUUGCAUUUCUUCAUAGGCCUCGGAGCACUGGUCAGUCCCCUGGUGGCUGAUCCCUUCCUGGCAGAUGAUAACUGUGUCCUGGGUGCCAACUGGACCGCCAACUCCUCCUCUUCCUCUGACCUAGAGCACCUUCGCAGCAGCCUGGCUGGGCAUGGAGGGCUACCCAACAUCUCCCGGUAUCCUCUGCACACUGAGGGUGUGGUCAUGACGAGGGUGUCGUAUGCUUUCUGGAUUAUGGCUGUUAUUAAUCUUCCAGUGCCAGCAGCGGUGCUUGCUUUGAUGUACCAUGAGAGACUGCUCCCUUGCUCCAACAACAGUCCACGUCUGCUUGACAGAGACUCUGUUUCCAGUGCGAGCCCCACUUGGGACAGUGGUCAAGGUCAUGGGAGUGUGUUUGGUUGCUGUAAUCAUGCCAAACUCCGAGGACGCCCUGCUACUUUCUUCCUCCUCCAUGUUCUGGGUGGAGCCAUCCUCUUCAUCACUGAUGGGAUUGUAGGCUCCUACACUGGCUUUGUCUACACCUAUGCAGUAUCCCCUCCUUUGCUGAUGGGCCAUAAGACUGCCGGCUAUCUGGACAGUAUAUUCUGGGCCUCCAUCACAGUAGGAAGACUGGCUUUCAUCUACCUGUCCUACAGAUACACAGCACCCAGGCUGCUCACGCUCAGUCUGGUGGGGGUCAUACUGGUGCAGUGCCUGUUGUUGAUCUUCUACACCAGCUGUGUGUUUCUCUUUAUCGGUACUUGCGUGUUGGGACUGUGCAUCAGCAGUGUGUUCCCAUCCAUGCUGGCCUUUACAGAGGACAUACUAGACUACAAAGGUUGUGCCACAACAGUUCUGGUGACCAGUGCCAGCACAGGAGAGAUGAUGCUGCAGCUACUCGUUGGAUUAGUGAUCCACAGUCAGGGGAGUUACUCUUUCCUGUUGUGUUGUACAGUAGCCUCAUUCAUUGGCUUCUGUCUGUUCCUGAUUCUCCUCUAUGUCCAGCAUAGACACAGAAACUGCCCCACAGAUUCCUCUGACAACACAGACAUGAAAGAGAAGCCAAAGACUGGAGCUUCAUGAUCUGUGGGUUUCCGACAGACUAAGGGGGAGGCCAGAGGACAGAAACGACCAAGUGCCUUUGCUCUGGAUGAUAGAAAGGGAGAAUGGGAGGAACCAUUUCUGGCAUUCGCAUCAUAUGGCAGUCUCAGAACAGGAGCUUUAUCCUGUCCUCCCCCAACUGAACAUUGCUGACCUGAAGAGAAAUCUACUUUCAAGCCUAGUGAUCAACUAAAAGCUCAAGGGAUGACCAAUACUUGACUUAAUUUCUGUUUUGACAGAAUCAUCUCUAGCACUGUCUUUGUUUUCAAAGACACUUAAAUGAUUAAGUAUUGCCUUUCAAGUAUGCAUGUGAAAGCACUUGUAUGAUUUAUUAUGUCAAAAUUGCUUGGAUGGCCUUAAAUGUUUUAACCUUUGAUGAGAGUAAAACUUAAGUCCUGAUAUUUUGACCCAGUGUCACCUGUGAUGCCCUUUAUAUGAACCUGUCUUUCCUGGAACCAGGUAAAACCCUCUGUGAAAAAUCGGGAUGUGAUAAUGGGCAGUGAUUUGAAGUUGAACAAACAAAUAAACUCAGUGAUCAGAUCUA